AUGAGACCGCAAUCACAUCGCGCGGCGCCCGUCGCUCUCACCACCGUCUUCAUCUUCACGGCCUCCGCCCUGGCAGCGUCGCCGCAGCGACCAUCGAUCGGCCGUCUAGCGAGGCUAAAGAUGGAAGACCAGCCCGCGCCGCCAUCCACCUCCGACUCGGACGAGAUGAGCGAUCUAGACCCGGACGUGGAGGUUUACGUCCGGCCACAGCCCGUCGCCCUCACAUCGUCUCAAAAGAAGGACCUCGCCUUCGCAUCGUUGGUGGCCGAGUACGGUCAGGAUCCGCAGAUUUCGCGACGCAUGCGCACCGACGACCUGCGCGCCGUCGGCUACGUGCUGCUCAUCGCAAUACUUGCGUUGAUGCUGUGUAGGAAGGCGAUACGAAGGCAAUGGAGGACGGUCCUGGAACAGAGGGCCCAGUUGAAGGGCGUGGAUCUCGAGAUCAGUGCGAGCGCGCCCGUCAUGCGGAUGAAGGAGUGA